AUGGAGAACACCGGGAAUAAUAUUACAGUCAAUGAAACAUCUACAAGUACCAGUAAUACUGCCUUCAUCAAUACUGAUAAUGUUGUUAAAACUGUUCCAAGUAGAAUUGGCGUGUCAAAUGUUGAUGGAGUGCUUGACAACAAUAACAUAUCAAAUAACGAUGACAUCAGUUUACGAAAAAAACCAAGAAAAAAGUUACAUUCACGUUUAAAUAAAUCUAAAGCUUUCUGUAAAACUUUGAGUAGAUAUAUAGGUAGAAAUAUACAUUCACUGUCACACGCUCAGCAUAGUCAUUUAACAUCGAAUAAUAAUCUCAGCAGUAUUGAUCAUAUUUCACUGCGAAGUUAUGAUUCGCUAACAGAUUUACUUAAAGCAAGUGUCAAUGUACCAGCAUUUCUAAGAGCUCGUAAUCAUCACAGUCGUAUUAUACUUAAUGUGGGCGGUGAAAGACAUGAAGUGAUGUGGAAAACUCUGAAACGUCUACCAUUAUCUCGUCUUGGUCGAUUGAGUUUAUCUAAUAAUCCUGAGGAAUUAGCUCAGUUAUUUGAUGAUUAUUCAACUGAAAAAAAUGAGUUAUACUUUGAUCAAUAUGCACGUUCAUUCGGUUCAAUACUUGGUGUUUAUCGUACAGGCCAUUUACACUUUUUAGAAGAUAUCUGUGUAUUAGCCUUUAAAAAUGAUUUAUUCUACUGGGGUAUAAAUGAAUACCAACUGGAAACAUGUUGUUUCUAUAAAUAUUAUCAGAAAAAAGAACAAGUUGAAGAAGAGUUGAAGAAGACAAGGGAGAUAAGUUUAUCACAAGCACAAGAAGAACAAUUCGGUACAGGAAAAUGGGCUACACUGCAAAAAAAUAUAUGGGAUUUGGUAGAGAAACCACAAACUUCAAUGGCGGCCAGAAUAUUUGCAGUAAUUUCAAUUGCUUUCAUCAUGUUGUCAAUAAUUGGCUUGAAUCUGAGUACAAUACCUGAACUGAGAGGAAAUGCAUCUGCAAUCAGUGACGACGCUCAUAACGGAACUCAUACAACAGACUAUGUGAAUGAAAAAUUGGAACUGUUAGAAUCAGUGUGUACAAUAUGGUUCACAUUCGAAUAUGCAUUGCGUCUACUAGUUGCUCCAAAUAAAUGUGCAUUUGUGAAAAGUCCAAUGAAUCUAAUCGAUGUUAUCGCUAUCCUGCCAUAUUACUUUUCUGAAAUUUUUGAAGUAUGGCUUCAUUCACCAUUAGAUUCACUUGUUUCAAUGCGUAAAAUAGUUCAAAUGUUUAGAAUACUGCGUAUAUUACGUGUUUUCAAAUUAGCGCGCCACUCCCAAGGUCUUCAAGCACUUGGUUACACAUUAAAACAAUCAUAUAAAGAAUUAGGUUUACUCAUGUUAUUUGUUGUACUAGUUGUUUUAUUGUUUUCAAGUUUAGCUUAUUUUGCAGAAAAAGAUGACAAUAAGAAUGAAUUUCAAAGUAUACCAGCCACAUUUUGGUGGGCUAUCAUUACAAUGACAACAGUCGGCUACGGUGAUAUUACACCGAAAACAGUAUUAGGCAAAGUAAUUGGUUCAGUAUGCUGUAUUUGUGGUGUCCUUGUAGUUGGUCUUCCAAUUCCUAUAAUUGUGAAUAAUUUUGCCGCUUUCUAUCAAGAUCAGAUGAGACGAGAGAAGGUGAUGAAACGACAAGAAGCUCGAGAUAAUCAUGGUUGUCUUCUAGGCAAUACAGAUUUUCUAAGAAGGGCUACUCAAAAACCUCAGUUGACUAGAUUAAGUGGAAACAUGUUAAGAAAUCGUCAUUCAUUAGGUGUGAUUCGUUCAGGAUUCAGUAUUGAUACUGGUAGACAUUGCAACAUAUCCAACCAUGAUUGUCGUGAUAAACUAAAAGAUAGACGGCUUCAUUUCAACGAUGAAGUUGGUAACCAUGAAACAUGUGUUACUGUCAACAAUAAGUAUAGGAAAGUCAGUCGUAGUGCUAAUGACAUUAGUAACAUCGAGUAUGGGGAAUAAAGUUUGUGAUAACAAGGAAAGAGGUGUAAAUAAUAUCAGUGAAUAUCAAGAUGACAAAAAUGCUGCCACCUUUUUCCCACAUUUGUACUCCUUCGUCCCAACUUCAUUCUUUCAAUCGGUUUUGAUUUUUGACUGUAUUACA